AUGAGCUCUGCUCUAUGGAGCCAGGAGAAGCCUGCAGGCAGUUACCGGGAUGACUGGCGCUUCUACAUUGUGGUGAAGGAGUGCAUUGUGGAAAAGCCAGGCCAGAAGACCCUGCGCAUCCCACGUGGCAGCCUUGGUCAAGCGUGCCAAGAACGCAACAGCCUCGGCCGCACAAUCCCACCUAGCAAGGGGAAGCGUAGCCUCCGGAUCCUGGAUCAGACAAAUGUAGUGGUGAGCCUGGAUGAGUGGGAUGUGAUGGAGCUGGAGGAGAAGCUCGCCGAGCUUCUGUUCCCUAUCACCAACUGUGAGGAGCGUUACAGCCUGCUAUGCAACAGAGCACGUCUGGAUAGGGCCCGUGACAUCGGCUGCGGAUCGAAAGUGCGAGUGCUGCUGAGGUCUGGCGAUGAACCGCUUCCAGGCGUGGUUCGCUUUAAAGGAGCCUUGCUGCCUGACCGAGCACUGAGCGGCGUCUGGUUUGGUGUUGAAUUGCUGGAGGAGGGCCGGGGUCAGGGUUUCACCGAGGGCUCUUAUCAGGGUCAGCAGCUGUUUCGUUGUGAAGAUGAAUGUGGUGUUUUUGUUGCAUUGGAUAAACUUGAGCUCUGGGAAGAUGAAGAGCUUGAGGUGGAUCGUGUGACGCUAGUAGAUAAUGACCCGGAACUGGAAGGCGAUGUCCCGCCACUGGAGAUCAGCUCUAGAGUAUUGGUGCAGACACGGGAAGGCCCAGAAAGGGGCACUAUUAUCUUCUGUGACUUACUGCCUGGCAACGAGAGUCUUGGAUAUUACGUUGGUGUUGAUAUGGACAAUCCCAUUGGAGACUGGGACGGGAUCAUCAACGGCAAACUACUGUGUGAUUUUGCCAGUCUUGAACACACCCGUCUUGUCCCCAUCUGUGAUGUGAUGCCAGAAUACUCCAUGCAGGAUCCGAGGCUGCCCAAAGUCUUUGCCAGCAGUGACAAGCCUGGCAGCCAUAGCAAACCAAAGAGCAAAGGAUUAGGCCUGCAGACUGGCAGCAGGAGCAAGUCUGAGUUUUAUUAUACGUUAAAUGGCAGCUCGGUCGAUCACCCCGCUCAGUCCAAAGCCAAAAGCACAUGGUACAUAGAUGAAGUUGGUGAGGACCCGGCCAAGUCAUUGACAGACACGCCCCCAGACUUCAACCUGGCCUCAUCCCCCUCUCGAGCUCCUCCUGCAACCACCUCGCUGUCCAAUGAUAACAAGUUCCACUCUUUGCCCUUCAGUUUGAGCCGCAAAGUUGGCCCCAAUGGGAGCAUGAGCCAUGGCCCCCUGUCACUGUCUGCAGGCUCAGUGAUGGGGGAGAAGCAGGAGGUCUUGCCCCCUGCAGUCACGCCUGCCCAGAGGCCACCGUCGCCCCCACAAGGCCAGCCAGGGUUAGAGGUCGGGUCGAUGGUGGAGGUUAAAGAUAACCCACCAUUGUGUGGGGUCAUUCGCUGGGUUGGUCUACCUCCAGGACUACAGGAGCCACUUGCUGGGCUAGAGCUGGAGGAGGAGUGUGUGGGCUGCACUGAUGGCACAUUUAAAGGGAUACGUUAUUUCACAUGUCCACCCAAGAAAGCUCUGUUUGUCAAACUUAAAUGCUGCAGGCCUGACUCACGAUUCCCAUCCUUAAAUCAUUCACCCAACCCCAUCGAACGAUGCAACUCCAUAGCAUUUGGGGGUUACCUGAGUGAAGUAGUUAAUGAGAACACUCCUCCUCGGACAGAGAAUGACAGCUUAGAGGUGAUGGUGGGAAAGAAGAAAGGAAUUCAAGGACAUUAUAACUCCUGCUAUCUAGACUCCACUCUAUUUUGUCUUUUCUCUUUUAGUUCUGUGUUGGAUACUGUGCUUCUGAGGCCCAGAUCUAAGACUGAUGUGGAAUACUACAAAGAGACACAAGAGUUACUGCGCACAGAAAUAGUCAACCCACUGCGGAUACAUGGGUAUGUGUGUGCCACUAAAAUCAUGAAACUUAGGAGGAUAUUGGAGAAAGUGGAGGCGGCGUCAGGAUUCACUUCGGAAGAGAAGGAUCCAGAGGAAUUCCUCAACAUACUGUUUCAUCACAUCCUGAGAGUUGACCCACUUCUCAAACUACGGUCUGCAGGGCAGAAGGUGCAGGACUCUUACUUCUAUCAAAUUUUUAUGGAUAAGAAAGAUAAAGUGCUGGUGCCAACCAGCCAGCAACUACUUGAAUGGUCCUUCAUCAACAGUGACCUCAAAUUUGCUGAGGCCCCCUCUUGCCUUAUAAUCCAGAUGCCUCGCUUUGGAAAGGACUUUAAGAUGUUUAAUAAGAUCUUUCCUUCCCUGGAGCUUGACAUCACAGAUCUAUUAGAUGACACCCCCAGAGAAUGUCGAAUCUGUGGUGGUUUAGCUCUUUAUGAGUGCAGAGAGUGCUACGAAGAUGGUGGCAUCACACCAGGAAAGAUUAAGCAGUUCUGUGAAAAGUGCAAUACACAGGUACAUCUGCACCCUCGGCGUAAGGCUCAUCGGUAUGUUAAGUUAUCUGUCCCUAAAGAGCUGCUGGAGUCAGCAUGGAGACAAGGUUCUUACCCUCAACAGCAGAUGGAGCUGUUUGCUGUGCUCUGCAUUGAGACAAGCCACUAUGUCGCCUUUGUCAAAUACGGAUCCGCAGACUCUGCCUGGCUCUUCUUCGACAGUAUGGCUGAUCGUGAUGGUGGCCAGAAUGGGUUUAACAUCCCACAGGUGUCCCCAUGUCCAGAAAUAGGGGCCUACCUGAAGAUGACCCCUGAGGAGCUUCAUGCGCUGGACCCCAAGAACAUCCAGGGCUAUGCCCGCAGACUUCUCUGUGACGCUUAUAUGUGCAUGUACCAGAGUCCUACUAUGAGCCUCUAUAAAUAGAGAGGAGUAAAUAGAGAAAGGAGGACAGAACGGUAGAAAAGAAAAAAGGGUGAAUGGCAGAGAAUGAGAGAGAUGAUAGAAAGAGGGAACAGAGGAAAGUACACAAGCAAGAUGCACGCCUACGAACCCUCUAGAUUGAACAAACCACAUACAGCCCUCCAGUCACCUCAUCCUCUUUUCUGCAUCUCUCUGUACGUACUGCAGAGUAAAUACAUGCAUGAGAGAGAGGGAGAGUUCAAGAGAACAAAUAGAAAAAAGCCUUUUUGCACUGAGUGAGAGCAUAUAUGUUUGUGUGUGUUUGUUGAAGUGUUGUUUUCUCUUAUUUGUGCUAUCUUUGGCUGAGCUCAAACUCUUGAGUGUGUCUCACCCCCGUCAUGUUGUUUGAGCAUGGAGAGAAUCCGCACUCUUUCCAGCCCUCAGGCAUAUUGCAGACACUCACUCACUUGAUGGCUUCAUAUUCUCCGUCUACCACCAGAACUGACCCCUCUAAACAACAACACAUUCAUCCCCUGUAAAUGAUGCUGUGGAAGAAUGACCAAAACAUCUUCCCCUCUGUCUGAACACUUCCACUCUUAUCCCUUAACCCAUCUAAUGCACUGCAGCAUCCAGUAUUAAUUAUCGUGCAGACGCAUUAUGUGUAUAGUCCCUGGUUUUUUGCCUCUAUAGUUUGCUGUGAAGUCUUUGUCUGGUGUGUUCACAUACUGCAAAGCCCUUGACUGCCACGUACUGGUCACAAAUCAAGACCGAAGAAUGAAACGGUGAUUGAAAAAAAGCACACAAAUAUUUUUAGAAUAUAGUUUUUAUUUUGUUUUAUUUUUUUUAUUUAUUAUUUUUUAAAAUUAUGAAUAUGAUUGAGCUUUGUCUUGUUGAAAUAGGAACUACAACUAAAGUAUUGGCCUUUCCAUUACUUGGUUUAUAUAAAUAUUGAUAUGUUAUUUUAAAUUAUUGCAAAAAAUAUUAGCAGUUCCCCAAGCCAUGCUUCUCUGCUAGGGUGUGCAAUUUUUUUUUUUUUUUACAAAAAAUCUACUGAAUUACAAAUACAGGUCAAAACUUGCAAGAUAAAAUAAUAUACUGUAAUGAUAUUCCAUGUUACAAUUUUCCAGUCAAUGACAUGUAAAACAUGUUAUAAGAGCUAUGAUUGAUUAAAUAUUCUGGGUUCAAUUCAAGUGAAACACAUUUGACAGCAUUUGUGCAAUAAUGUUGAUCACUACAAAACAUUGUUUUAACUCAGCCCUUGUUUAUUUAAAAAUCUUGGUUACAGUAAGGCACUUACAAUGGAAGUAAAUGCCAGUCCAUAAACAGUCAAGUACACAUUGUUUCAAAAGUAUAGUCACAAGAUGCAAACAUUAUAUGUAUUAACAUGAUUAUAUUGUGAUUAAAUCACUGAAAGGAUUUACAGUGUUAAGUCGUUGUAGCAGCGAAGUUUUAAAAUGGGUUAUAACUUUACACAGAAAAGGUAAUUUAUCACUCUAAAAUCUCAUUGACACGUAUAAUGUUUAUGUCUUGUUGCUAUACUUUUAAAACAAUGUCCAUCUUAAUGUUUACGGACUGGCCAACUUCACUUCUAUUGUAAGUGAACUUAAAUAACAUAAAAAAAACGACAUUUUGAAAAAUAUUUUUGUGGUAAUAAUGCCACAGGUGCUGUCGUUGAGUUUAACUUGUAUUGAAACCCAUGAUAUUACUUUUAAAUGUGUUGUUUGUAUAUGAAGUGCUCUGGUCAGAGAGUUAAAUUAAGAGGCUGACUCGGCAAGAGCGGUCUCAAUCUAUACUGCAGUGCUGUUGGUUAAUCCGCAGUAACACUGUCCAUUGAGAUACUGGCUUAAUGUAUAGUGCACGUUUUUGCUAAAGGUUACUUGAUUGUUUGCACAGACCUGGUUUAUACUGAAGAAUUCUCUCAGAAUUAGAAAAUGAAAGUGACAUAUUAGUCGGCACAUAUAUUGGGAUUGUUUUUUAAUCUCUGCUGAUGUAACUGUACACUAUGGGAGAGAUUCUCUGUGAGAGGCUGUAAUGGGAGAACGGAUGAAGACUGGUGUACUUGUAUAAAAUUAAGCCAGGUGGACUUUAUCAUCUCUGUGCUGUUCUCUUAAAUGUUAACUAAAUUAAAACACCAUUUUAAAAACGUGCUGU